GGACGCUGUUUUAACAUGGACUACAGUAGAAUACAUCACGUCAUCCUGGAGAGAGAGAAAAAGACAGAUGAUUGCACGCGCAGAAUCACAUGAAUAAGUUAUGUAAUCAUCAACAGAACAGACUGGCACCUCAGAAUCACUGUGUGGACUGUAACCAGGUUGAGAAGAUGCAGAGAACAGCCACACAGAAAAUUCAAGAGAAACAGAAAACGAUACAGGAGCUGAAACAAGUGGUGAACACACUGAAGCACUCUGCUGAGACAGCAGUGGAGCACAAUGAGAAGAUCUUCACUGAGCUCAUCCUUUCUUUUAAGAAAAGACAGCAUGAGGUGACACAGCUGAUCAGAGAUCAGGAGAGGGCUGAACUGAGUCGAGCUGAAGGACUCCUGGAGCAGCUGGAGCAGGAGAUCACUGAUCUCCAAAGGAGAGACACAGAGCUGGAUCAACAUCCAGAAGCAGAGAAACAUUUUAAUUUCAAGAAUCUCUCCGCUUCUUCUGAAUCUGAUGAGUCAUCCAGUAUGACUUUUAAUCAUAUUCUAUUUGAUGGAUUGAGGAAAUCUCUCUCUGAUCUAAAACAACAUUGUGAAGAUUUUUGUCAGGAGGAGAUCAGUAAAGUCAUCUCUGUUGUGGCCAGAAUUCGGAUUUUACCGUUAACCAGGGAUCACUUUAAACAAUAUUUUUGCAGCUUUACCCUUGAUCCCAACACUGCGACUGAACAUCUCGUCCUUUCUGAGAACAACAGACAGAUGACAUACCCUGAGCAUUGUGGGAGAUAUAAGUUUCCCUGCAAGGUAUUUUGUAAGGAGAGUGUGUUUGGACGCUGCUACUGGGAAGUGGAGUGGAAUGGGAGAAAUGUGCACAUAUCAGUCUCAUAUAAAGAAAAAAUAAAGAGUGUCAGAGGAAAGGGAUUGGUUGGUAUGUUUGGAAACAAUGACACAUCUUGGAGUCUGCAGUGUUUUCCCAAGCCUGUUUUCUGGCAUAAGAGCAUUAAAACGAAGAUCUCAAGCCCACUAUCCUCUAGGGUGGGUGUGUUUGUUGACUACAAUGCAGGAAUUUUGUCUUUCUACAGUGUGUCUGAUGCAGUGACCCUUUUACACCGUGUCCAGACAACAUUCACUCAACCCCUGUAUCCUGGGUUAUGGUUCAGUGCAUCGGGUUCUGGAGAUCUGCUCAACCUAGACAACUGUGGGUCAAACACCAAUGCGUUCUCUUCAGUGAAACUCUGUGAUCCAUAAAUAAGUAUUGUGAUGCACUUAUCUAACAGAUCACUUAAAUAAUGCUGAAUACAUUUAAAAAUAAAUAAAUAUAGAAAUAUUAACAGAUAUUAACAACAUAGAAAA